AUAGAGAUUAACAAUGGAGGACGGCAGAAUUGAGGUAGCAGCCGAGACAGUCACUUCGGUAACCACCGAGAAAAACUUCAGCAGAGAAAGUGGCUUUUGGGAUCGGGUCGUCACCGCCAAGAUACCACUAGGUAUCCCUCUUAGACCUCUUCCUUAUCCUAAGAAGAUUUCACACUUAGACUGGAUUAGACGUUGUAUUUAUGUUGCUUAUGGACCUAUUCCUGACGAUUGGACCUUCUUGUGGCCGAACCCGAAAUCAUCAAAGUCGCUCAAUCAGCUCAUGAUUCCGAUGGUGCUCGCGAAUUCCCGUACCAAAAGGAUCCGACAGAGGUUGUUAGGGAUGAAGAAAAGGAAAGAGGAAAAGGCUCGUCCUCCUUCACUCUACGGUCCCAUCACCGAACAAGAAAUUCUAAUGGUGGCAAGAAAGCAUAUUCUACGGGUAGCUAGACCGGCCAAACUGUCAGUGAAGGAUUUACCCAGGAAAAAGAUAAGGAUAUAUGCGAGAAAAAAGACGCCAUCAAAGAAAAUGAAAUGGCCGAGACAAGAUACCCAACCUGAUGCUGCCGCUAUGAUGAAAAGCAAGAAGGUGAAAUUACAGCACCCUUCUACAGCGAAGACGACGAGCUUCUGUACUCGUGGUGGGGAGGCUUGUAAGAAGUUCAUCACACUGUUUGUCCUUGUAAGAAAUUCACCUCACAUUUGGUCCAUUGCAGCCUAGAUUGGUUUAAUGUUCGAGUUUUCAAGUAAUCACAUCCCUCAAAGCUGUUCAUGUGACGAAAUUGUUAGGUAUAAAUUUGUUGAUUUGACCAAUCAGCAGGGCCUAAAUCAUUUCAAAACCUUAAAAAGUAGAGGUUUGCAAAGUGUAACUAAAAUAUUAGGUGUAAAAUUGGUCCUUACAAAUAUAUGUAUAUCCUGCUUGGUUCUGAAAAUUGUUUCCUUUAUUUUAGAAUAUACUGUUAUUUUUGUUACUUUAGAACAUAUCGUAAUUCUAAACAAAAUAAUGUCAU